GUGCAGCAGACGGUCAUUUGAGGAAUCGCCCGACGUUUGUGCGCAGUCGCGAGUAGAAGCGAGCACGACAGAAAAAAUUUGGGCACUAGCGCCUGCUAGCGCUCCGCAAGGCUAGAGGGACCACGAGUGGAACAAGACAAAACAAGAGACACGCCAGACAACUAGACAACGCGCGGCGCGAAGUUUGCAAGAUGGCGGACGCCGGCUUCGUUCAGCGCGUUCAAGAUGUCAAAAAGGCGAACGUUUUAGUUGUUGGUGCUGGCGGUAUUGGUUGCGAGUUACUUAAAGACUUAGUACUUUCUGGCUUUGCCAACAUUGAGAUCAUUGACCUGGAUACGAUAGACGUGAGUAACCUGAACCGGCAAUUUCUGUUCCAGAAGGAGCACGUCGGAAAGCCAAAAGCGUUCAUUGCCAAGGAAAGCGCCGAGAGGCUUGACCCGCAUGUGAAAAUCGUAGCUCACCAUGACAGUAUUGUGAAGCCAGAGUAUGGACUCGACUUUUUCAAACGUUUCGACAUUGUCAUGAACGCUCUCGACAACAGGAGUGCGCGGAGCCAUGUGAAUCGGAUGUGUUUGGCCGCCAAAGUGCCGCUGAUCGAGAGCGGCAGCGCCGGAUACUUGGGACAAGUGACGCCGAUAUUCAAAGGGCUCACUGAAUGCUACGAGUGCCAGCCGCAGCCUGCUGAAAAGACUUAUCCGGGAUGCACCAUACGCAACACGCCUUCGGAGCCGAUACAUUGUAUUGUAUGGGCGAAGCAUCUUUUCAACCAGCUUUUUGGCGAGGCAGAUCCUGACGAAGACGUAUCGCCGGACUCUACCGACCCCGAGCUCAGAGGUGAAGUGAGCUUAGACCAAAUGCUCAAACAAGGCACAGACGCCACGGGCAACGUUUGCCGCGUCUCGACGCGGCUUUGGGCCACGCAGUGCGGUUACGACCCGGAGAAGCUCUUCAACAAGCUUUUCGGCGACGACAUACGAUACCUGCUCCAUAUGGAGAAGCUAUGGUCGCGCAGAAAGCCCCCAAUGCCUUUACAGUGGGACAACUUGCCGGACACAACGGCUUGCAGCAGUGCUGACGCGACUGACUCUGGCACGCUCGAUCACCGGCGCUGGAGUUUGGACCAGUGCCGCCGAGCUUUUUGCGACUCCGUGAGAAAGCUGAAGGCGCGAGCAGUGGAGCUCAGUGAAAGCGACCAUUUAGUGUGGGACAAGGACAACGAUGAGUGCAUGGAUUUUGUGACUGCUUGCGCAAACCUUCGUGCUCACUGCUUUGGAAUUCCUCAGACUAGCAGAUUUAAUGUAAAAGCAAUGGCAGGCAAUAUUAUCCCUGCCAUAGCAACAACCAACGCCAUCAUUGCAGGUAUUAUAGUGCUUCAGGCUUUCAAGCUUCUGCAAGGGAAGUUGGAAGAGUGUAGAACAAGCUGCAAACAGGUCUUCUUAAAUAAGCAGCCAUCGUCAACAAAAAAGCUUAUUAUUCCGGCUCAGCUUGUCGAGCCAAAUCCAAAGUGUUACACAUGCUCAUCAAAGGCAGAGCUCUAUGUUAGUCUUAAUACAAAACAGAUGACUGUUGGCACUUUUGAGGAUAAGGUGCUCAAGGAGCAAAUAAGAAUGGCUGCACCUGAUGUAGAGCUUGAUGAUGGCAAAGGCACUAUCCUCAUUUCAAGCGAGGAAGGUGAGACCGAUUCCAAUCGGGCCAUGCAUCUGGCAAGCCUAGGUGUUAUUCAUGGCUCACGGCUUCGCUGUGAUGAUUUUCUGCAAAAUUUUCAGGUUACGGUUAACAUUGUUCACGAUGAAAAUACAGAUGGCACAGGGUUUGAAAUUGCAGGCGAUGUUUCCCAGCUGAAGCCUGAUAGUGACAUAGCAGACAGUAAUAACCAUAAUGAAGAGGUUGAAAGCAAAGGGCAACAUGGCUGCAAUGAUGCUAGCGAUGACGAUCUAUGUGUCAUUGAAGAUGAUGUUGAGGAAGCUGGAAAUGAGAGAAAAAGUCUGAAACGCAAGAUGACAGACAUUGAAAACGUGGAGGUCAAAAGGUCCUGUGUUGUGAUUGACUGAUGAAGUCUGUUGUCAAAUUAUUUUGAACUGAAAGGGGUUCAAUGUGGCCAAUAUUUUUUUAAAACAUGAUGCAAGUUGCACGUCAUUGUGUUGCACAGCAAGUUCUAAAUUAUAAAUUUAUUUACCAUGCAUCAUAUUCUCUUGUACAGCAAAAAAUCAGCAGUUUGAGCCAUACUGAAGUGUAACAUUUCUUGAAUAAAUGCGACUUGUUUUAAAAUCGA